AUGCCCCAAUUCUUUCGCGUGGUCGAGCACACCAUCCCCUGCUCGCAUUCCCGCGAGUAUCUCGCGGCCACUCGGCAUGGCGACGCCGAUCGCCCGAAACUCGCCGUCAAGCAAUACAUUCCGCUCAGCAACCCGAACCCGCAGCCCGGCGAUGUGACUAUCAUUGGAGCUCAUGCCAACGGGUUCCCAAAGGAACUGUAUGAACCGCUGUGGGAUGACCUCCAUCAGAGCCUCGCGAAGAGCGGGAUCCGUAUCCGGUCCGUCUGGAUCGCGGAUAUGUGGAAUCAGGGCCAGUCUGGAGUCUUGAAUGAGGAUAUUCUGGGAGAUGAUCCAAGCUGGUGGGACCACACCAGGGACCUCAUCAACCUCCUUAACCUAAAGCGUGACGAGAUGCCAAGUCCAUUAGUCGGCGUUGGCCACAGCAUGGGCGGCGCACAGUUAACUCUUCUGGCCAUUUCAAAUCCCCGCCUCUUGCACUCCCUCGUCCUUCUCGACCCCGUCAUCCAAAACAUCAUGAGCGGCAUCGAGCCAGCAGCCGCAUCCACCUUCCGCCGCGACAUCUGGGACUCACGCAGCGCGGCCGCCGCCAAGUUCGCCGCGUCUCGCUUCUACAAGGCCUGGGACCCCCGUGUACUAGACCUCUGGAUCCAACAUGGCCUUCGCGACCUGCCCACCGCGCUUUACCCUGACCUUCCCGCCGCAACGGAAUCCUCCUCCUCCAAUCAACCUACCCCUGAACCCGGGCCCCCCGUCACCCUCACAACAACCAAACAUCAAGAAGUCUACAACUUCCUCCGACCAACCUAUCUCCCAGACCGCGACCAACGCGAUCGCCUCGAGAGCAACAAACCCGAGGCAACUCGCAAGUAUAACUUCUACCGCCCCGAACCAGUCUACGCCUUUGACCGGCUACCAGAACUGCGUCCGAGCGUGAUGUACAUCUUUGGCGCGACCUCCGAAAUGUCGACACCCGCGGCACGGCAGGCUAAGCUGGCGCGCACGGGUACUGGGCUGGGCGGGAGUGGCGGAGUAGAGAAAGGGAUGGUGAAGGAAGUGGUGGUAGACUGCGGGCAUUUGGUUGCGAUGGAGCGGGCGCCGGAGUGUGCGGAGGCUGCGGCGGGGUUUUUGAGUGGGGAGUUGGCGAGGUGGAGGGAGGAGCAGAGGAUAUUUGGGGAGGCGAGUAGGGCGAAGAACGGGAAGGGGGUGUUGGUUAUUGAUGAGAGGUGGAAGGGGGAGGUGAAGCCGAAGAUAUGA